AGCGGGAGCGCCCCCGCCUGGCGGCGCAGGCCAAACGGUCAGAGCACGUGGCGGGCGCGGGAGAACCGCUGGAAGGUUGCGGACUAGGCGGAGUCGGCUGGCGUGCUGUCGAGAGACACGAGGAGCGGCCCGGCGAGGAGGGACAGGCAGGCAGCUCUUGCUCAGUGAGAAUUUAGGGGUCUUCCUAUGUAGCCCAGGCUGACCGUGAACUCGGGAAUCCUCCUGCCUCAUCCUCCCACGUGCUGGGAUUAUAAGCGUGCGCCAGCAUGCCGGGCGCUACAUACUUUUAGGAAUCGAACUCAAGGGCUUUGCGCUUGCCAGACAGACUCUGCCGCUGAGCUGUAUCCACGGCCCUUAUUUUUAUGUUUUAAAUAGCGUCCUCCUUUAAAAGCCCUCGUCACCGCGUGUGUAUACCCGCCUCUCCCAGCUAGACGGAAGCAGCUUCCCUGGCAAGAGUUGGCCUUGGGUCCGGCAUCCAGGCGACAGGCGAGUUCUUCGCACAAGAGAGACACCAAUGACUGGAUGCUACUUUCUUUGUCCUUAACAGAAAGUAAAAUUUCAGGUUUCAGAAUCCUAUCAUAACCUGCCACUGCAAGGGCGGAAGCUUUCGGCCUUUCUCUGAAGAAUGGCAGUGCUUCUGUUUGGUGUCUGGGCCCUGCUGGCCUUGACUUCUUGCCCAGGGGCCACAGAGGAGCUAUUUGAGGUUUCUGUCUGGCCCAGUCAGGCCCUCGUGGGCUUUGGACAGUCUCUGGUGGUCAACUGCAGCACCACCUGCCCGGACCCCGGGCCCAGUGGCAUCGACACCUUCUUAAAGAAAACCCAGGUGGACAAAGGGCGCCAGUGGAAGGCAUUUCUCCUGGAGGAUGUCACCGAGAACUGUGUCCUGCAGUGCUUCUUUUCUUGUUCGGGGGUCCAAAAGGACACAAGCCUUGACGUCACUGUGUAUCAGCCGCCCGAGCAGGUGAUCCUGGAGCUGCAGCCGGACUGGGUAGCCAUGGAUGAAGCCUUUACAGUGAGGUGCCUCGUGCCCCGUGUGGCACCGCUAGAGCACCUCACACUUACCCUUUUCCAGGGUAACCAAGAGCUGUAUAGAAAGAACUUUGUGAGCUUGGCUUUGGCCUCUCAAAACGCUGAGGUUACCAUCAGUAUCACGGCCCACAGGGAGAAUGACAGGUGCAAUUUCUCCUGCAGUGCAGAGCUAGAUUUGAAUUCACAAGGUGGAGGGCUCUUUCGCGGCAGCUCAGCCAUCAAGGUACUCCGGAUCUUUGAAUUCGUUCAGAGACCCCUGAUCUGGGUCUCUUUGGUUCUGGAAGUUGGGACGACAGAGCCUGUGAGCUGUGAGGUGGCGAGGGUGUUUCCAGCCAAAGAAGCUGUAUUCCACAUGUUCCUGGGAGACCAGGAGCUGCACCCCUUCCUCUCCUGGAAGGGAGACACGGCGUGGGCCAACGCCACUGUUCGGGCCACGGAGACUGGUGCCCAGGAGCUGUCAUGCUUCGUUUCUCUGGGUCCAGUGGAACAGGAAACAAGGCGGCCAGUGCACGUCUACAGUUUCCCUCCACCAGUCCUACAGAUAGAAGAAUCAUACCCUCUGGCAGGGACAGAUGUUAAUGUCACCUGCUCGGGGCAUAUAUUAACGUCACCUACUCCUACUCUUCGGCUUCAAGGGGCCCCAGAUCUCCCUGCCCCUGGGGAACCUGCCCGGCUUCUGUUUACUGCCAAAGAGGAUGAUGACGGCCGAAAUUUCUCCUGUGAGGCCUCUUUAGAAGUGCAAGGUCAACGACUGGUUAAAACUGCUGUGCUUCAGCUCCAUGUUUUGUACAAGCCAAGGUUAGAAGAAUCUGGUUGCCCUCGCAAUCAGACAUGGGUAGAAGGAAAGGAGCAGAUGCUUGCUUGCGUCCCAGAGGGAAACCCGGCUCCAACGUUAGUGUGCAUCUGGAAUGGGAUUAGCAUUGACCUCGAAGUGCCGCAAAAGGCCACCCAGAACCACACUGGAAUCUAUCGCUGCACAGCCACUAACCGGCUGGGCUCUGUCCGCAAAGACAUUGCUGUUAUUGUUCAAGGACGCCGUGAACAAAGCAGCUCUACCAUCUUCCUCCUUGGUGUCAUCUUCCUUGUGCUGGGCAUAAACACAGCAGCGCUGUAUUUUCACUUUCGGCCCUGCAAAACAAAAGAAGACGGAACCGCCGUGCCAGCGGGAAGGACACGACAAAGUGAAGAAAAGCCAGUUGGGUGUUCAACAAGUGGAGAAAAAACAGUAUGGUGUUCAACAGGCAGAAAUGUGUGACUCGCAUGAUUUUUGUCGAGAAACAGGUCUCUGGGUGAAAGAGAUUUGUACUAUUGGGAUUUCCCAAGGAGGAAAGAGUAGACCAAGGAAAAAGGAACAGAAAAAAAAAAAAAAAGGAAGAAACACUGUGAAACUGUGCUCCACUUCGUGUUCUGCUGCUCAGGUUCCCUUGUCCUGUGUGUCCAACCCGGGCACACGUUUUCCUGAGUUUAUUCCAGUCGGUAGGAGUUUUAGGCCCACUAGGGAGAGGGCCUUUUUCUCCUUGAUAUGUGCUUAGUUUGUUCUUAGAUUAAAAAAAAAUCUUGCAAUUGCC